AUGGCCUCUCGGCCGGACGAACUGGCGAUUUCCCCACUCCGACCUCCGGGCGCCGCCCCGCUCCAUGCCCAGGGCCCUGCCUCGGCCCGCAGCUCCGUCUCCGCCCAUGGUCAUGUCUCUGGCCUGAGCCCCCCUGGUUUCAGCCCAAAUUCCGGUGCCGGCAUCGGCAGCGCCACCGGCCCUGCCAACAGAAACCCCAACGGCCCCGGCCCGGGUCAAGGCUACGCCGUCGGCGACGCUGGCGGCGGCGGCGGCCCGGGCUUCGAUAAGCUCACCAGGGGCCACUCGUGCAAGCUGUGCCAGCUGCGCAAGGUCCGCUGCGACAAGAACAAGCCCUGCGCCAACUGUGUAAAGGCCAACGUCGAGUGCCGCGUGGUGCCACCGCUGCCUCCACGCCGCCGCAAGAAGCGGCCGCAGGAGCGCGAGCUGAUCGAGCGUCUCAGGAAGUACGAGCAGCUGCUGUCCCAGAACGGCGUCGCCUUCGAGCCCAUCGCCCAGGACCUAAAGCCGUCGGAUCUCGGCGGCUUGGAUGACGUCGACGAGCUGGAGCAAGGCCUUGGUGGCCUCAAAACUUCGCCUGGGAGUCACAACUCGGACCCGCCGCGCGAGAGGGAAUACAGGUGGUUCCCCUACUACAGGGAGGAGUCGGCUGAUAGCCAGGUGCUGUUGACCCGCGUCUGGACGCAGUACAAGGUGAACCACGAUGCUUACGUAGACUCGUCCGACGAAGAGGAGCCUAGGCAAAACACGAUCCACCAUGCUUUUGACAGGAUGUUUGACAACCAGGACGGCUUUCCAUUCGUGCUGGGCGGUGGUGCCGCCGCGACGACCGUCACGGACAAACACCCGCCGGGCAUCCAGAUCUUUCAGCUCUGGCAGAUCUACCUCAAUAACGUCAACCCCCUCCUCAAGCUUACGCAUACGCCGAGUCUGCAGGGUCAGAUCAUCGAGGCCGCCGCCAACCCGGCCAAGAUCUCAAAGCCUCUCGAGGCGCUCCUGUUCGGAAUCUACCUCAUCGCCAUCACGUCGAUGCAGGACGACGAGGUCCACAGCACCUUUGGCGAGGAGAAGCCGAUGCUGCUCGGCAGGUUCCAUGCUGGCUGCCAGCAGGCGCUGCUCAACGCCGGCUUCAUGCGCAGCCCCGAUUUGAUGGUACUGCAGGCUUACCUCAUUUACCUGCUGAGCGUGCGCCAGUUUGUUGACCCACGCUCCAUGUUUUGCCUGAUCGGCAUCGCCGUGCGUGUCGGCCAGCGCCUUGGCAUCCAUCGUGAUGGCGCCCAGUUCAACCUGCCACCCUUCGAGGUUGAGAUGCGCCGCAGACUUUGGUGGCAGCUCGCCGCCUUCGACAAGCGCAUCGCCGAGAUCACCGGCUCCACCAUCACGGCCCUGUCGUCAAGCAACAGCGACACCAAGGCCCCCUUGAACAUCAACGACACGGACCUACACAUCCACGCCAAGGACUCGCCUCCACCGUACGCCGGGCCCACCGAGCUGCUGUUCGUGUUGAGCCGCAUCGAAAUGAUCACGGCCGCCCCUACUGCCCCGGGCACACAUGCUCCCUCGGGCACCAACAAGCCCAAGUUCCAAUACUCGGCCGUGCCCUCGGCUCCCGAUCUCGUCACGCACGUGGCCAACCAGAACCUGCCAGUUCAGAACAUUGACGACUAUUGUCGAUAUGUCGAGGAGGCGUACCUGAAGCACUGCGAUCGCAAGAUCCCUCUGCACUUCUUCACCCUGAUGUUCACGCAGCAGAAUCUCUGCCGGCUGCGCGUCAUCGCGUACCUGGUCCGCACCGCCGCUGGUAUCCAGGGAGACGAGGCCGAGCGUGACGCACUCUUCGAAGAGGCAAUCCACAUGGUCGAGUACGACAAUGUGAUACAAGCUGCCGACAACCUCAAAGGCUUCCUGUGGUACACUCACAUGUACUUUCCGCUCCCCGGCUACAUGUUUCUCGUCCAUGAGCUACGAGCCCGCCGCACAGGGUCCAUGGUCGAGAGGGCUUGGGACGCCAUCAUCGAGAAUCACGAGCGCCGGAGCCUCAUGCGCAACCUCCGCAGCCCCGUGCACUUUGCCUUUGGCACUCUAUUCCUCAAGGCUUGGGACGCUCGCCAAGGCGCAGAGGCGCAGCUCGGUCAUGCCCUUGAGACUCCUAAAUUCAUAAAUGCCUUGAGGCAACGUCUAUCCAAGCAUAAACCACCAGGCCCUGGUGGCCCACCGCGGCAGCAACAGGCAUCACCACACCAGCCACGGCAGCAACAACAACAACAGCAGCAGCAGCAGCAGCAGCAGCAGCAGCAGCAACAGCAACAGGCACAUCAGAGACAGCAGCAGCAACAACACCACCAGCAACAGCAACAUCAGCACCAACACCAACAGCAUCAUGAGCAGCACCACGCUCAACUGUCUCAGCAACAGGCACAACAACAGUCACAACAACAGUCACCUCAGCACACACCACAAAGCCUACAACAACAAACGCCAGACCAUACUCCCUCAAGCCACAGUGACGGGUCCACAGGAGGCAUGGUUGUGGACGAACCCACCUUGUUCACCGGUUUUGACGGCGUGAAUCAGUUCUUUAACGGUGGCGACGCCGGGACCAGCCAGCAGCAGGAUGUAUCAGAUUUAGGCUUUGCAGAGAUGGACUGGCUCAGCAUGAUGCCCGAAAUUUCCAACCUUGCCGGCCUGAACCACAUCGGCCCAGGCAUGAUGGGCGGUAUGGGUGCCCCAGGCAUGGGUAUGCCGUCAAUUGCUUCAGCGCUUCAGCCCCAGCAGUCAUACCAACAACCUCGCCAGCAACCCUCGGGGCAGCAGCAGCCACCCCCGCCACACCAGACAUCGCCUCCACCACACCACCACGUUCACCCGCUUCACCAGCACCAGCACCAGCACCAGCACCAGCACCAGCAGCCACAGAUGGCCCACGGAUUGCCCAUGGCAUCGCAGCACUACCAAGUGCGCAUGCAGCACCAACACGGGGUUCCGGGACUGCGCGGGGAUCACGGCGGCUAAAAUGCCGACCAGUGUUCCCGUUUAGAAACCUAGUCCACGACCGCUCCUUUUGGACUUGUUCGCCAUAUUUCCACGUUUAUGUCUAUAUCUCGUUCUUGACCGGCUCCUCCGAUAUUUAUUACAAGGCCAGAUGGGGCGUCUUCUGGCUAUCCGAUACAUGAAACCCCGCUACAUGGUCAGAUGACUUGGAUAUGAAGAAGAGCGGAGUAUAUACGGUUCAGAGGUGCAUAGCACCGUUUUGGCGGAACUGAUCACCAUACGCACACUCUUUUUUACCACUUCUUACGUACGUCCUGUACAUUUUCCCCCUCGCACGUUUGCUAGUAAGCAAUCAAAAUGGAGGCAUAUGUGGCAUUAAGCGACAACCAAGCUUAUACCCCGUUAGACUACUUUGUUUUGUUGGAUCAAAAAGAUUGGGUUGGAUUUCGAGGGUGCCCGGACGCGCGAGCUCCUUGGUGGGACCAUGACGAGUAUGAUACUUGAUUUGAAAGGUAAAUCUUUUUUCUAUGCUAAACUAAUAUAUGAGCAACGUUCAAAGCGGUGAAGCCAGGUGGAUGUCUGCCUACCUAUCCCUUGCCUCGUUCCCGGGGCUGGCUGAGGCGUGCGGCGCGGGGCGGUCGGCCCG